UGCAUUAUCGCAUGCGAUAAUGCAUUAUUUAUUUAUCUACGCAUUGUGAUCUUUCGUGCCUCUUUUAUAUUGCCUCGGUUGCUAUUUCCCACAAUACUAUUCUUAUUUUACCGGUUACUAUCAAGUGAGGAAAAAAAUAGCAUCUGAAAGAAGGAACUGCUCGAGGCACCAGCCGUUGGCUUGUCACAACUCCACCAUCCCACCGACAACAUAUCCCCAACAAACAACGCCGCCGACAAAAACAAUAACCCUCCCUUCCGCCUUCCCCGCCCAAUUACGUACCGUUGUGAGCUCUCUCGACGGUCGGCGACCGUCCAUUUUCCCAUGACCUGUAGUGCUUGAAAGGCGACCGCCAUCGAAUCGGCGUGAAUCGCCCACACAACGUCUACCCGCCCGAGCCUCCACACGGACCAGUCACAUUGACUUUACUCCCUCCAUCUCAAUCGACCGCGACCCGCCAACAAAACCUCCUCCACCUGGACGGACCCCUUUGAACGAACAACCCCAAAAGAACCCCUCGUACCCCGACUCGAAACCUCGCAAAACCUCCCCCAGCCCAGCGCUGCUCCCGCCGCUCCGCUCCGCACUGGCGCUGCUGCGACGAGCCUGCGCCCACGAAACAUCCGCCUCCCGCGAGAUUGCCCGCAAUCAAUCCCCCCAAACCCCUCAACACCGGCAUCAGCACGAUGCUCAUGACGCAGACGCCACAGCCAGCACCAUUCUCGAGCCAGCGACACGAGCAUACCCCCGACGACGCAUCCCAAACGACAGGCAGAGCCGUCGCAUUUCCCUCCUCGGCCCACGCCAACUUCGCGGGGUCAGCAGCAGCACAGUCUGCGUACCGCAACUCGCCCACACCCAUCUACACCGGCUCCGCGGCCAACGCCGCUCCGCAGCAACAACAGCCCGUCAUGUAUGUGCGGGCGCUGUACGACUAUGAGGCGGAUGACCGGACGAGCCUGAGUUUUCACGAAGGCGAUGUGAUUCAGGUCAUCACGCAGCUCGAGAGCGGAUGGUGGGAUGGGGUUAUUAAUGGUGUGCGUGGCUGGUUCCCCAGUAACUACUGCCAGGUGCUUUCGAAUCCCGAAGAUGUGCUCGAGGACCGCCACCACGAUGAUGGAGAGGACGAUGACCUCGAUGGCGACGAGAUGUACGAUGAUCAGUACGGACCACUAGAUGACGGCGGCGAGGCUGACCCCGACCACACCGCGCGGCAGCUGCCUAUCGACGGCUUCGCGGGCAGCGGCGGCGAUAUUAAUAACCAUAAGAGCAAAGCGCGAGCGGACUUUUGGAUUCCCCAGGCGACGCCGGAUGGGCGGCUGUUCUACUACAAUUCGAUGACGGGGGAGAGCAGCAUGGAGUUACCGCUGGAGAGUCCGUCGUCGGCGACGGAGAAUGGGCCGCGCGAUCGCAUGAAUUUCGCGCUGCCGGGUAAGACGAGGCCGCCGCAGGAGAUGAUGGCGCAGGGCGCGUUUAUGGAGGAGGAAGAGUAUGAGUCGGACGGGAACUCGGCGUCGGAGAUGGAUGGGGAGUCGAUUAUGAUGGCUUCUACGGGAUCUUUGCCCCGGAAGCGGAGGUCUCAUGGCUCGGAGGGGAUAUCACCAGCGUUGUCGAUGGAAUCGAUUAACGGAGCGCUGCCGAGCGCACAACAGCGGAAUGAUCAGUUUUAUACCUCGAAUAUGUUUGGGACGUCGUCCACGAGCGUGUUGCCUGUGGCUGGGGCAUCAACAACCUCGUUCACGAGCCCGACAGGCGGCCCGGUACAGGCGGCGAAUGUGCCUCGAUCGUUCUUCGAUGAUGGCGUGGCAGCUCCUUUGACGUGGAACAGGCUCGUUGUCAAUAUGAGGCUUGCUGUUAACCAAUUCAAGGAAGCUAUUAAUAACGGGCAACGCUCCGAGUACGUUCGCAGGGCAGAGGAUAUAUCGGAUCACCUGCGACUACUCCUAGCUGCGGGGUCUGGCACAACAGAUAACCAUUCUGGCCAGCCUUCUAUCAUUUCUACGAAUAAGGCCUUAUACCCCCAUUUCAGGGAUAUGAUGUCGAAAUUCUCAAAGCUUGUUAUUUCCUCCCAUAUCGCUGCUGCGGACUACCCAACACCGGAGUCGUAUCAGAAGUGCCUCCAGGAAGCAGAUGGUGUUCUACAGGGUGUCUUCAGCUACGUGGAGGUGGCGAGGCAACAACGCGGAGAGGAUAUCCCAAGGCUAUUCCCCGGUUUUGUCAUUGGUAGCGCAGCAGGAGGGGGUUGGCAGAACAACGGUCUUGGCUCGCGGGAUCCGAUGACAUCGAACUUCCUCGACGAGGACGAAGCGGCGCUCGAGCCAACAGCUACUCUCGAUGCCAAACUCCUGGAGCGGAUGGACGAUCUGAAGCGCGGGCUGAUUUCUAGCAUCCGCAAGCUUGAAGAGCAUCUCGUCGUCACGGAGAAGAUCAUCACGCCGUACAGACACGAACUCAUCGGCAACGCCAUCUGCGCCGCCGCCGGCAAAGUCCUCGAGAUGUUCAGGCCCUUUGUCUCAACCGUCGAAUCCAUCAACCUCUCCUCCCUCGGAACCGGGUUCCAGAACCCACAACUACUAGAUUUCACCACAUACAAACAAAAUCUCUACGACAACAUCUCGGACCUCGUCCUCGGCUGCCAAGCCGUCGCCGGGCCCCUCGAAGAUGAGUGGGCGGAGGUCCGCGGCGAGUCGCUGGAAGAUAGGAUCACAUACGUGCGCAACAGCACGCGGCAGCUCGAGACGAACGCUUCGCAUAUCAGGUUCUCGCUCCAGCUCCUUGGGGAACAAGUGCAAUCGACGCUCCAGCAGGACGACCUGCGACCACAGAGCCAGCGCCGCGUAGACGGCCAGGGCUACGAUAGGAUCCACCAGCGCACCGAGUCGCGCCAGGCGCCGAAUCCAUCCCGCCGACCUACCAGCGCGUCGCAGCCGCCGCCAGCUGACCCUAUCGAUCCAGCAUCCGGCAACUACCAUAUGGGCGACAACUCCAAGGUUAAGAAGUUCUUUGGUGAAGAACCUGCACCUCCUCCGUCUGCGAUCGUCAGACCGAGGGAGGUGGAUGAGACGCCUGAUUUCCUGGCGCUGGAUUACGAGCAAGACCUCCUUUACGACACGAAAUUGCAACCCCCUGCACUAAAGGGUGGAACGCUUCUCGCGCUCGUCGAACAGCUGACUCGCCACGAUAAGUUGGACUCAAGCUUCAACGGCACCUUCCUCCUCACCUACCGCUCCUUCACCACCGCCCGCGAACUCUUCGAGCACCUAGUGAAGAGAUUCCAGAUCCAACCCCCCGAGGGCCUCGCCCAAGCCGACUUCGACACCUGGCGCGACAGGAAGCAGAAGCCCAUCCGCUUCCGCGUAGUAAAUAUCCUGAAGAGCUGGUUCGAUAACUUCUGGAUGGAGGACCAGAGUAAGGAGACUAUGCAGCUCAUCUCCGACGUCUACACCUUCGCCCGCGACACCGUCAAGACGACCGAGACGAUGGGUUCCGGCCCUGUCAUGGUGGUUCUGGAGCAAAGGCUGCGCGGCCAGGACGCCCCCGCCAAGCGAUUGGUCUUGACGAUGAACCAAAGCACGCCUGCGCCAAUCAUGCCGAAGAACAUGCGCAAGCUCAAGUUCCUGGACAUCGGCGUUACGGAAUUCGCUAGACAGCUGACGAUUAUCGAGUCGAAGCUGUAUGGACGCAUCAAACCCACCGAGUGUCUGAAUAAGACGUGGCAGAAGAAGGUCGGGGAGGGGGACCCGGAGCCGGCGCCAAAUGUUAAGUUGUUGAUUCUGCACUCGAAUCAGUUGACGAAUUGGGUGGCGGAGAUGAUUUUGACGCAGCAGGAUGUGAAGAAGAGGGUUGUGGUAGUGAAGCAUUUUGUUUCUGUGGCGGAUAAGUGCCGCGCACUGAACAACUACUCAACCCUAACGUCUAUCAUCUCCGCUCUCGGCACAGCGCCCAUCCACCGCCUGAAACGCACGUGGGACCAGAUGCCCGCUCGCACCAUCACGGUGCUCGAGCAGAUGCGCAAGCUGAUGGGGAGUACCAAGAACUUUGGCGAGUACCGCGAGAGCCUGCAUCUUGCGAAUCCGCCGUGUAUUCCUUUCUUCGGCGUCUACCUAACCGACCUAACCUUCAUUGAAGACGGCAUCCCCUCCAUCAUCAAGAAAUCCACCCUCAUCAACUUCGCCAAGCGCGCGAAAACCGCUGAAGUCAUAAGAGACAUCCAGCAAUACCAGAACAUGCCCUACCCCUUGCAGCCCGUACCGGAGCUGCAGGAGUAUAUUUUGAGUAAUAUGCAGGCCGCGGGGGAUGUGCAUGAGAUGUAUGAGAAGUCUCUGCAGGUUGAGCCGAGGGAGAGGGAGGAUGAGAAGAUUGUUCGGGUGCUUGCUGAGAGUGGGUUUUUGUGAUCGAGGUACGGAUACAGUACAGUGAAGUACAGUACCGAGAUCGGUUUUGCCCCGGGGGGGGUCGUGGCGGGGACAGCGAUGUCUGCUGGAAAUACCAGCUACCACAGCAAAUACCACCGCACAAGAUCCAGCCAGUGGGCGGCAUAACCACGGGCCUCCCACACAGACCGUGUUGCCAUACACGGUCAUACUGGGGUUAUUAUAACCCCAUCCAUCUGUUCUGUCUCCACGACAAACAGCUAUCUACGCAACACAACGCGACCCAACGAACGGGCUGCUGUAUGGAGGAGGUUGUAUGGAAACCAGCGUGCAUGGCGUGCGUGCGUAGUGAUGGAUCGAAUUCCUUAUUUGAGGAGGAGGAUGUCUUGGUUUGGUUUUUUAGAAUAGGGCUCGGAUCGUUAUUGGCGUGGGAUUUUGGGCACAUCUUAUGGAUAUGGGAAAUUUUAUUAUUCAUUUUCUGCAGACCAGUAUUUUUCCCGCAAAAGUUAUCUUUCCUCCCGCCAUAUAUAUAUAUAUAUAUAAGCCGAGUAAUUUUCAAUACAUAACCAACCGCGAUCCGGAUACUGAUCCGGAUAUAUCCUAUCCGCCAUAAUUAUGAUCUAUCCGUACGAUCUGAGGAUAUAUCCGGAUCUUACGGAUAAUGCCAAGAGUAGCCAAGAGUAGCCAAGGCCACAUAAUAGACGUAGAAUUGAUUCUGUAAUACUGGUUCAAAUACCAUCGUAAUGUGACGAUUACAGUAAAAAUG